UAUAAGUGGAUAUAUCUGGUUGGCUGACGGCAUGUGUCCCGAGUUCAUCUUCGUUUCUAGUAGCUGAACCCCUUUUAAUCCACCUUCACACCACACUUUUUAAUAUAUUCUCUCUCUAAACCGACCUUUUUGUGGUUUGGGCUAAAAGGUCAAAACUUGGCCGACGGAAAAAAUGGGAUGCGAAGCCGUGCAGGCGUGGUCUUUGGGCGGUUUAGUUGCCGCUUUUGUUGAGCUUGCAAUUGCGUACCUGUUGCUGUGUGCGUCAGCUGCUGCUUACGUGGCGUCGAAAUUCCUGGGCUUCUUGGGCCUGAGCUUCCCCUGCCCUUGUGACGUCACCUUUCUCAACCUCAACGCUAGAGUUCUCUGCCUCAACAGGCUUUUAGUUGAAUUCCCAGCCCAAACAGUUGCAGAUGUUGAGCAGAAACUCCCUUUCAGUCAUCCCAAAAGACAUGAUUCUAUGGUGGAUGUCUAUUAUAACUCUGUUGAGGAAUCCAGAAGUUGGACGAGGCUUGAUUUGGCUAGAAAGCAGUAUGAUUUGAAGGGGAAGGGGAUAAAGAGUAGUAAUAGAUCUAGAAGUCGGUUGAGACGUCAAAAAGGGGGUGUUCAUGGGAAACUUCCACCCCUCGUGUCGUGUGAUACUCCUUCCAAUGGAGAUGUUUUGGAACGGGGUCAUUAUGGUCAUUUUGGUAAUGGUGAAGCUCGUUAUCUUGAAUAUGAAAAUACAGAUCCCAUAGAAGCAAGAUUGAGAGAAAUGUCUAUCCCCAGUGAUGAAAAUUAUUCAUCCAACGCCAAUAUGCACGAAAAGGAAAUAUAUGUAGAGGAGCUGUAUGAUCAUCCUCCAAGGGCUCAAAGUUUAAGUGGAGAUGAGGAAAACAAAGUAAAACUCUUAGAACAAACUCUUGCAGAAGAACGUAUUGCACGUGCUGCACUUUAUAUCGAGCUCGAAAAGGAGAGAAGUGCGGCUGCUAGUGCUGCUGAUGAGGCUAUGGCCAUGAUCCUUCGCCUUCAGGAGGAGAAGGCAUCAAUAGAAAUCGAGGCUCGACAAUAUCAGAGGAUAUUAGAAGAAAAAUCUGCUUAUGAUGCUGAAGAAAUGAACAUUCUGAAAGAGAUUCUGGUGAGGAGGGAGAAGGAGAAGCUCUUUUUGGAAAAGGAGGUCGAAGCAUACAGGCAGAUGGUUGGUAUUGGGAAUGAACAAGCUGACAACCCGAAUUCCAGGCAUGCCAUGGAAAAUGAAUUUUCAAUUUGCUUUCAGAAUGAAAGAUCUAGUUUCGGAAAUAAACGGGAAUCGGAUGGAAGAUAUGUACAGAUGAAUGCGGAACUUCAGGAGAAGGAGUUUGUAUCUGCAGAUAAUAGUUCACAAUUGGAUGCAAAAGUAGUUGAGGAUAUUCAGGAGAAGAACGGAGGAGAUAAACCUGCAGAAAAAAUUAUCAUAACAUAUAAUGGAAAGGAGACAGUUAAAGACCCUCAUUUCAAUGAUGUGCACAUAGUUGGUGAUGGAAUCAAGAGAAGCAGCUCAGAGACGAGCUGUGGUCUUCCACCUCUGAAGCCUUCUCUGUCUGCAGUAGAGAGUGAAAUGGUGAAAAUUGAUUGUGAGGUUGGGCGGCUUCGUGAAAGGCUAAGGCUGAUUCAGGAAGGGAGAGACAAACUUAGCCUCUGCGCGGAAAGUCGAGAAAGGGAAAAUUUACAGCUGAAACUUUUGGAGGAUCUUGCACGCCAGGUCCAGGAGAUUUGCCAGUUAACUGGACCUGGAAAAACUUUACGGCAGGUGUCGUUGCCCCUUCCGACGUCUGAGGUUUUAUCUAAGAAAAAGAGGAGCAGAAGUGUUUCUUCAGGGUUGCAGAGAAGCUCAGAAGGUAUGAUUUAUUACAUGCAAGAGCAAGACAUUGGACAUCUUUAUGAUAAUGGGCUGCAUGCAUUGAGCAUGGUGCUAAAAUCCGAAGCUACUAGAGUUCGUAAAGCUCUGGUGUAUUCCGCGUUGCAUAUAAGUUAUAAGGGUCUUUUUGCUAGCAAACAUUGCUAUGUACAAAGGUAGGAUAUGUAAAUGAGUUGUAAAAUGUUAGACCAAUUUUAUGCAUGCAGAGUUGCAUUUGUUGGAAAUAAUAACGAACAAAAGAGAAAGAGACAUUCAACAACACUCAAAUUUAUUAUUGAAUAUCUAAUAUAUCUCUCAAGAAAACUUAUAANA